CAAUGCCGACUGACAAGUAAGCUAUAUAUAGGCCUGCCCGCAAGACUUGAGCUACAACUGCAAACCAAGAAACCUCCUCUAAUCAACUUUAAUCCUCGUAACGUUCGAUUGUUAUAUGAUGGCGGAGACCAAGGCGGUGGCUGCUGCCGUGGAGGCGAGUCCGGUGGAGGUGGAGGAGGGGAGGAGCAAGACGGUGGCUGCUGCGGUGGAGGCGAGUCCGGCUCCGGUGGAGAAGGGGAGGAGCAAGACGGCGGCUGCUGAGGUGGAGGCGGGUCCGGCGGAGGUGGAGGAGGGGAGGAGCAAGACGGUGGUGCUGGUCGCCGUGGACGACAGUGACGCAAGCUACCGCGCGCUCGAGUGGGCCGUGCGGCACGUGGCGGCGACGGCCGGCAUGGCCGGCGCCGGAGCGGUGGAGCUCGUUGUCCUCCACGCCAAGCCGCCCACUUCCCUCGCCGUCAACAUGGGCGGCCCCGGCGUGCCCGGCGACGUGGUGGGGUUAGUGGAGGAGGACCUGCGCAAGAAGGCCGAGGGCGUCGUCGGCAAGGCGCGCAGCCUCUGCGCCGCCAACUCGGUGGAGGCUGUGGUGGACGUGGUCGACGGGGAGCCGAAGCACGUCCUGUGCGACGCCGUCGAGAAGCACCACGCCGAUCUGCUCGUCGUCGGCAGCCAGGGCUACGGCGCCAUCAGGAGGGCAUUGCUUGGGAGCGUGAGCGACUACUGCGCACACCAUGCCGACUGCUCUGUGGUGAUUGUCAAGCAGCCCGGGUCCAAGAACUCAGUUUCACUCCUCGCGUCCUUCGAUUGUCAUAUGAUGGCGGAGACCAAGGCGGUGGCGUCUGCGGCGGCGGCGGAGGAGGGAAAGAGCAAGACGGUGGUGCUGGUCGCCGUGGACGACAGCGACCACAGCUACCGCGCGCUCGAGUGGGCCGUGCGGCACGUGGCGGCGACGGCCGGCGCGCCCGGCGCCCGGGCGGUGGAGCUAGUCGUCGUCCACGCCAAGCCGUCCCCUUCCCCCGUGGUCACCAUGGGCGGCCCCGGCGUGUCCGGCGACGUGGUGAGGUUAGUGGAGGCGGACCUGCGCAAGAAGGCCGAGGGCGUCGUCGACAAGGCGCGCCGCCUCUGCGUCGCCAACUCGGUCCAGGGCGUGGUGGAGGUGGUCGACGGGGAGCCGAGGCACGUCCUGUGCAACGCCGUCGACAAGCACCACGCCGAUCUGCUCGUCGUCGGCAGCCACGGCUACGGCGCCAUCAAGAGGGCAUUGCUUGGGAGCGUGAGCGACUACUGCGCCCACCAUGCGCACUGCUCUGUGAUGAUAGUCAAGCAGCCCAAGUCCAAGAACUAAUCGCCAUUUCCGGAGUUAGAUCAAUCAUGCCCAGUUCCAAUGUUGGGAUUGUGCCAUUUGCGUGCCUACACAAUGUAUCCCUACUAAGUUAUUUCUACUCCAAAGUUUGUACUCCCCCGCAAAAAAAAGUUUGUACUCUUUUUUUUCUUCUAUUUAUUACUCUGCAUAUUAGCAGUCAAACUGUGUAAACUUUCGAUCAAAUUUCUAGUAAGAAAUUAUUAACAUACGCAAUACUAAA